AUGCCUGGAUCCAGUGGGGUCAACGUGGAGGGGUCGUGUGAGGCCCUGUGUCGAACCCUGGUGUCUCAGAACGGCCAUCAGAGAGAGACGGCAGACAUCUCCCAGUCCGUCCUCUACACCUCCCUGAUGGGCUUGCUUCUGGUCGCUGACAACGAGAAAGAGAAGGUCACCUUAGGAAGUGGAAGGAUCGGUCUUAGAAACAUAGGAAACACAUGUUUCCUGAAUGCAGUCGUCCAGUGUUUGUCUCACACAUGUGGCCUCAGGGACUACUGCCUCCGCAAGUCCCACAGGCAAGAGAAGUUCUCCAAAGAGGAGGCGAUGCUCAUGGAGGCUUUCUCUGAGUUGCUGUCAGGCCUUUGGAAUGCAAAUGAAGAAGACACAGUUGUAAAUCCACGACAGUUUUACAAUAUUUUCAAAGAAGCGGUGCCUUAUUUCAGUGGAUACAGUCAACAGGAUGCUCAGGAGUUUCUCAGGUUCCUGUUGGACAAACUUCACACAGAAAUCAACCGCAGGCCGUACGUUCGACGUGCAGGAAAGGACUCCGAACAAAAAUAUGCCAGAAUUAGACUUUCAGAAGAGGCAGUUGCCAUGUGGAAGACACACUUAGAGAGAGAUGACAGCAGGAUAGUAGACCUGUUCUCGGGCCAGCUGCGGAGCUCGCUGCACUGCUCGGUGUGUUCGCACUACUCCAACACCUUCGAUGUGUUCUGUGAUCUGUCGCUGCCCAUCCCCAAGAGGAGCAUUGCCGGAGUGGUCACGCUGAAGGAGUGCCUGGAUCUCUUCUCUCAGGAGGAGAAACUGGACAAGGAGAAUUCACCAAUGUGUGAGAGGUGUAACAGGCGUACAGAGUGCACCAAGCGACUGUCCAUCCAGAGGUUUCCCCAGGUUAUUGUGAUCCAUCUGAAUCGUUUUACCACUUCCCGGUGGUCUAUCAGUAAAAGCACAGUAUACGUCUCUUUCCCACUCACUAACUUGGACCUCAGACCCUACGGACCCGUCGACUGUGGCCCAGUUCUGUAUGAUCUAUAUGCAAUAUGUAACCACACUGGGACGGUGAACAUGGGACACUACACAGCCUGCUGCUCAGAUGGAAAUGGUUGGUGCUUCUACAAUGACUCCAGUGUGACUCCAGUGUCAGAGAACCAGCUUCAGACCAAUCAAGCCUAUGUGCUGUUCUACCAGCGCAGCAACAGCUCCGCCGCCAUCAGGAAAUAG